CAAGCACUUCGAGGAGGAUAACCAGAUGAUCGAUAAGAUCAUCCAGCUGAUGGAGAUUGGCGUCCACGUCGCCAUCGUCACGGCGGCGGGAUAUCCCGGGGAUUCCAAAAAGUUCGAGGGGCGGCUGCGGGGUUUACUCGACUCGUUCAAGGAGAACGAGCUGACUGCGGAGACGAGGAAGCGGUUCAGCGUGAUGGGCGGCGAGUGCAACUACCUGCUGGAGGUUAACGAAGAGUUUGAGCUCGAGUUUGUCGACCCGGCGGUGUGGCGGGACCAGCCCAGCACCAAGAAUCUGUACUGGUACGCGCAGGGCGAGGCUAAGACCAAGGUGGAGGCGUUCCUCGACCGCGCCGAGCAGUUCCUCAAGGACGAGGCGGAGCACCUGGAGCUCGACUACGAGGUUAUGCGCAAGGAGUUUGCAGUUGGGAUCCUGCCGCAGUCUUCGACGGUGUACGAAAAUCUCGAGGAGAUUUCAAUCGGCGCAAUGAUCGAGCUGUCGGACGCGGAGGUCCCUUACUGCGCCUUCAACGGCGGUAACGACGUGUUCGUCGACGUGGGGAACAAGAACAUCGGUUUGCAGACGCUGAUGAACUACCUCGGCUUCGAGGGACACCAGACGCUGCACGUGGGUGACAGGUUCACGAGCACCGGAAACGACAGCCGCGUGAGGGACGCGUGCUCGAUCCUGUGGGUGGCGUCCCCGGACGAGACGACGUUCUUCAUGCGCCUGCUCUACCGCGACAUCGUGAACGCGCGCGUCCUGUAAUUUUUUCAAAACCCUGCACAUAACCUGUCACCAUACACCAGCGGCGAAGUACCAAGGUAGUCUACUAGCUAGUCUACCAACCAAUUUU